CAUAUUUUGCAAACGAUUCAAGGCUGUAAUUUACUUCACCUUGUAAAAUGAACAGCUUGCCAAAAAAAAAUACUUUUUAAAGUUUUCUUUCUUGUUAUAAUCCAAAGAUAGUCGAUCUGGUAGUUAAUGUAAACAAGGUUCGACUUUAAUGUAUUAAUUAUACAUUGAUGCCGUUAAUUCAUAUAUAAUCUUGAUAUUCAGAACUAUUCUGAAGUUAUACGCUCAACACCCUUAAUUUUUUUUAUUAUUGCGAAUUAUUAAUUUAACCCAACUUUGUUCUAUAUAAUAAUUUCGACAUGAACUCAUUUGUAACGUUUUGUUAAACGUAUUUUAUAAUGUACUCUGCAAACCUAUUGCAUAUACCGACUAGAUUUUUUUAAGACUUGGCAACGUAGUAUGGUUAUUUUCGUCAAUGACAGCAAAUGUCAAUCUGAGUUUGAAGUUGUUUGUAUUCCUUUGUGUUCAAGCGAAGAUUUUGUUGAUAUAUUCCUGUUAUAUUCACUCCAAAUUAGUGUUUGUAGAAAAAUAUUUUAGAAAUUUGUGUAUUACUUUAAAUUGUGAAAAUGGUUAAUGACUUUGAGUUCUCUGAACAGUAGCUAUACGUGAAAAAUUGUAUUUGUUAUUUAUAUAGUGAAUAAUAGUGGACUCGUCCUAUUUUUGAUUAUAGAAAUUUGUUUGUGUUCCACCGAUUAGAACUAAAACUUUAAAACUACUUGAAAAGUGGUUAAUAUUUUGUUCAAAAAGUUUGUAAUGUGCCCAGAUUAUUUGUUGAGCAAACGAUCAGUGAGGCGUACAUUUAUACCGACGGUUAGUCUCCUUCACUCCAAAAGAAAAGGAAUAUUCAUACACCCUACAGCAAUGUUUAAGAACUUUUUUAAUAAUAGUGCCUGCAUACCGUUAAGACAAUAAAUUUUGAAAGGUUACAAGUGAAUUUUUUCACAUCUAAUCCAUUCUACAAUAUGAAGCUUCUUGAAAGUACUAGAUUUGAAGCAAUCAACAAUGCUCUUUCCAUCCAAACAGGUGACAGCAAAAUCAUUGGUCGUAUAGAAAGCUAUUCCUGCAAAAUGGCAGGUACAGAUAAAGCCUUGUAUAAGAGAUUCAAUCCUGAAGGAGUAAACCCUAGUGAUCUUCAGGCUCUUUCUCCUCCCCAAGGGGUUUCCCCUGGAUUCUCUCAAUACAGUCGAAGCACUUCUGGAGAUGAAGAAGGUCCUUUGUGUGAUACUAUCAGUCGCAAAACAUUAUUUUAUUUGAUAGCCACACUUAAUGCUGCAUUUCCAGAUUAUGAUUUUAUGGAUGUCAAGAGUCAUGAAUUCAGCAAAGAACCGUCUAAACAAUGGGUGACAAAUGCCAUUGAUACAAAUUUAGCUGCAACUGCGGGAGAUCAUUACCGCCUCUUGGGACCAUCUAUGUGGUCUGCUAUUGAUGAUGAGAUCUCUUUAGAGAAUUGUGAUAUUUAUUCAUAUAAUCCUGAUCUUAUUUCUGAUCCAUUCGGGGAAGAUGGAUGUUUAUGGAGUUUUAAUUAUUUCUUCUACAAUAGGAAAUUGAAGCGAAUUGUGUUUUUCACUUGUAGAGCUAUCAAUCCAAGAUAUACUAUAGAUUCUGGCUUCGGAAGUGAUUUCAUCAUGGAUGAAGAUGAAACGUAUUAGAAUUGAACAAUGAUUUUCGAAAUCAUUCAAUGAUUUGUUGAACAAGAGCCCCUUAGGAUGAACCAGCACAAUAUUUUUAAAACAUUGUGAGCAUUAUAAUUUAAUAAAAAUCUUUUGGUGAGAGCAAAAGUACAAAUUAUGUAUUAAAAUUUAUUGUUAAGUCGGUAGUUUUAGAGUACUAUCAAAAAUAUUAGGUUUUUUUAACAAUUAUACCUAAUUAAUGGAAUGUUAAUUACUUUUAAUCAUUUAAUGGAUAGAAUGACGAUGCAGAAUUUGAAAUUAAUGAAUUAUUUGUCAAAAUUUGUGUAUUCUGUUUGUGAAACUGUUAAAAUAUGACAAAUUUUCUUUGACAAUUUUAAAAAUAAUAAAAGUAACUUUAUAAAAUUCAAAAUAACUGGAUUUAAAAGAAAACUCUACGUGAUUGAAUUUGGUUGCUGGCUCUGUUAGCAAUUCUUAUAAUAAAAUCAAAAUGCACUGGAAAUAAAUUCCAGAUUAUCCUAAAUGUAAUUAAAAAUAUUAAUAGAGUGAACGAAAAUCAAUUUUACAAUAUUUUACUCAAAAAAUGACCAAUUUCGUGUUUUUAUUUUGAUAUUAGAUUCGGGUACAGUAAUUCUAGACAAAUCCAUUAGCAAAAAAACAUUUCUUCUAAAGGGUAUAUAGGAGAAAAUGAAUUGAUUAUUAACAAAAUCUUUAGUAAAAUUCAUUUGAUUCUGCUCACUUCUCACUUUUUAGACCUGAAUUAUAUUCAGAUACCAAAAAUAAAACUUAUUUAUCUAUAGUUACUUUAUAAAUAAAUUUCACCAGUAUGCAAAAAACUUCCAUCAAAAACUAUUUGGCUUUUGAUUAAUUAAUUUGUGAUCCAGUUUGAUUCAUAUUUAGGGCUUACUAAAUUAUGUUAAGCCCUUUCAAUUCAACAUAACUUUUAAAUUUGGUUCAAUAACUACAUACAGUACGAAACAGUAACGGAAUGGGUGAAGUAACUAUUCCGUUUCAAUAAAUGAAGUCGUAGAUCUGUUAACAAAUAUGAUCUGUAGUUCAUUUCUAUUGAAGUGUAAUACAAUAAGUAUAGUUCGGUCAAUUGAGACAUUCAAAGCUACAUAAAUUCCCACCAAGCUGAAAAUCAGAAAAAUUGUUAAAAAUAACAUUUGAAAGUUCCUCAUCAUUCCCCUGUAUGGAAAAAAUUUUAUUCAUUAUUAUUAUAUUUUUAUAAUAUAAAAUAUUACAAUUUUUAUGAAUGAAUAUCCGGAGCGAACUAACAAAAUUCAUUGAAUGAACUAUAUUCAUUAAAAAGUUAUUUACAAUAAUCUUAUUUAUAAUAAAAUAAGUGCUGACAAAUUUUUGCGAAAUUUAAUCCUAUUGCGUUUUAUGUUAAAGAAUGCUCUGGAAUUUUCUUCAUGUAACUCGAGCAGUGAGUAAUAUGAGUAUAUCUACAUCUUCACCAACAACAAUUGUUGUGUUUAUCAAAUUUAAUAUCAAUAUCAAUAAUCAAUACAUCAGCAUCAUACUUUUCUUUCAACAUUCAUUUCAAAUUUUAUUUUUAAUUAUAUCUUAACCAUCACUGAUUUUCAGCUUGGUGUGAAUUUAUGUAGAUUCAAUCUUAUUUUUCGUUCUAAUUUGACCGGACUAAUAGAAGUAGAAAACUUUCACAUGAUUGAUAUCUACGUUAAAAUUAAGAACUAACCUUGGGUUUUAGUUUGUUGUAGCAUAUAUUGUCGAUCCUGUGAUUUAAUUUUUACCAGAAUGAGGAUUAAAAGAUUUUUGAAAAUGAAAACAGUCAUAACUGCAUUUAUUUCUUUUCGCUAUUUCACACUUUAUGUACAAAUUAUCAAAAAAAACUGAACAUAUCAAAUUCAAUACAACUCAGAUAAGCAAUUUUUUAUACCUGUACAUCUGUUUUUUCCUAUUUAGUAAUUAUAGACAUUUACAAGGGUUAAUCACGAAAUGUGUGCAAUGUGAGUCUGGAAUCUUUUAUCAUAAUCAAGAAAAUUUGUAUUUUUAACUGCUCCACUUAGGAACUUUAUUUUAUUAUAAGUACCGACUGACUGGUAACAGCUUUAAUUUUAUUAUAACAUUAUACAAGGUGUGGUAAAAAAUACGGUUUAUAAUAGUAUUUAAAAGUUUUGACCUUCUCAGUAUCAAUAUCGCCAAUUUAUAUUUUCGAGAGCCAUGGUUCUAAAUCUGGUGAUUAAAGUGGAAGCAGACUUUUAGUGACCAAAAUCCCUCGGAUUAAAAGCACGGUGCACACAGGCGAAAAAUUAAGAAAAGUCGGACAAAACCUAUAAGUAAUCAAUUCAUAAAAAAUAGUAUAUAUAAAAUAAAGUUAUGACAAAAAUAAUAUAUUUUUUUUAUUUUAAAAAGUUUUUUGUGACAAUAAAUACAAGAAAAUAACUUGUUUCUACACAUUUUUUUGUUUGGAAUAUAGAAGAUAAUUAAAAAAUUUCCUUUCAAGAGAUGCUUUUCUCUGUGAUUUUUCCAUUAGGAGCUAAAUAUCUUAAUGAAAAAACCUUUAAAGUAAUGGAAAAAAAUUAUUGCAAAAAUUAUUCAAUUCCAAUAUCAAGAUUUUCUAAAAGGUUUAAAACUUCUUGUGAUAGUAAUCCUGUUUUUCUAGGAAGCAAUUUCCUCAUCCAGUAAUAUAUGGAUCCGAGGAAACCACAAGCCUUUGGUAUGUGUCUUGCAUAGUUAGGGUUCUGGAAAACUUUCUAGAGAACUGCUGCCUGUAUUUUCGGAUAUCUUUGUUUCGGUUUUCUUGAGCAUCUUCAAUCAAUAAUGGCGAUAUCUGAGCCAUCUACGAUCUUGUGACCAUGAAUCAAUACUUUAUGUAGGGUUGUAGGCAUUUGAUACCAUGGAUAGUUCAUCACAUAUAUUGCUACAGUUUUGAGACAAAUUUUUUUAAAAUUUCCUGCAUUAAUAACGUAACCACAUGAUAAGGUUGAUAAUAUAGUAUGCAAUAUUUUAAUUAGGCUUAGGCUUACUCCUGUUAUUUCGGCAACCACAUCUUCAUUUUGGAAAAAAGUGCGAGCCGUGUCUCCAUCUGUAGAUGUACCUCCACCCUGCCUUGGUUUAUCAACGUGCAAUCCCAGCUUCUGCCAGAUUUUCGGCAGCUACAGUCUCCUUAUCCCUUGGGUAUCUUACUUGCCAUUUACCUAUUCGCAUGAGAAUAUUGUCUUAUUAGUAAGUAAAAAGUGCAUAUUCACUUUGAAAUGCAACUUUAAGCCAAGAUCUAACAGGAUCAUUCACUUUAUCUCCAUACAUAGACAAAUAAUAAAAAAAUAAAUUAAAACACAAAUAAAAAAACACAUUCUCACCUCCGGGAAGACAAUCCAUUUUAUAUAUACAAUAAUUGAAAAUAGUUUUUAUAAAAUAGUCGGAAAAAAUAGGGCCGCUUUUAUAGAGAGAAGUCAUUGAAGAAUAGAAAAAACUGAGAGCAAUUUUAAUUAAUUGACUUUCAAUUUAGAGUUUUUAGUUUAGUCCGACUUUUCUCGAUUUUUCGCCUGUGUUAUGAUGAAAAACAAAGUCGUUGACCAUUUUUUUUUCCUACACCAUGUCGAAGACGUUCUAGUAUCUCCUCGUAAAAUAUUAACUACACUUUUUACACAUUUUUAUCUAUUUUUAAGGGCGAGGAUUAUUCUUAUUGCUCCUCGUCCUUUAUUCACUUUUUUGCACUACAAAGAUCAACUGUUUGCCUCAAUACAUUGGAGUAUGAGACAUACUGAAUUAUAUAUUUCUAUAUAUCUAUAUAUAUAUUUUUUUCAUGACACCUAGUAACUUUAACUUAUACAAGAUCUUAUAAUUGAGGUGUGUAUUAAAUUUAAGACUGAUGCUGUUAGACGUUCUAUUACGAUUUCAUCCAUAUUUAUUUAGCUUCAAUACACAUCUCUUCUUAAAAAGGAAUUUUGUGUUAUUAGAAACAUUACUGUGAGUUUGUUUCUGUAUAAAUUCCAUCAUGAGAUGUGCUACUUUUUAUUUACGAAGGAAGACUAUUACUUUACGGAUUAGUUUACAGAAAUGAGGAGUAAUAGAGCCAGUCUCAUUAUUAUAAGUACCUUUUUAUCAUUAUCUAUUAGAUAUAGUAAAUUAUGGAAUAAAAUUAUUUUUUAAGAUAAUUUUUCGAAAUUAUUGUUUAUCAUAUUUGUAAUAUAGUUUCAGGAAAAAAUACGAUCUGGUAUUUUUUGUGAGCUAUUUUGUUUUUGGAAUCAGUACUUAUAAAUACAAAUUAGCUGGAAAUUUAUUGAAGCCAAAAAAUAUUUUGAUAUGCCUUCAAUAUAUUUUUGAGGUUUGUCAAAUUUUUUAAAAAAUUCAAAGCUUAUCGACAAUUUUAGGGAAAAAAUGUAAUACUAGAAAUAGUUCCUUACUCUUCACAUAUUCGGGGCUUAUGUAAAAUUAGUUUUCUAAUCACUUCAUUUAUCUGAUCACACAUUUGUUUCAGCGUUAAUAAAAGCUCAUUUAGGCUUCCAGGUUGAAGCAGUAAGGCUCUUACCCUACCACAUAUAUCGUCCUUCAAUAGUUCAAGUCAGGAUUUAUUACAUGUUAAGCUACAGCUUUCCUUUUUAGGUGUAAUUUUAUAUUAUUAUAUCCAAGUUUGUCCUAAAUAUCAUGGAUUAGAACAAAUUCUUCACCUACAAAGGUUAAAUUAUGGUACCACAUGUGGUUUCUACAACAUUCCCUCACUUUUAUUCAAAAUGAGAGAAUGACAAAACGAAUCAUAACCUAAAAAAAUCUCGCAACAUAACCUUUCGUUACCAGCUACCUUUUUACCUCUAAAAACAUACUUAACUACGCCAUCAAAAUUGAAAUAAUAUAAUUACCUUUUUUAUUCUUCACUGUGAUGGAAUGAUUGAAUAAAAUGUUCAAAAAUUGAAAGUUUGUUCUAUUUACAAUAGACUAAUCAUAGUUCAAAACUAUACAUUAUACUAUAUAUUUUUUACUCCUCACAAAUGCCCGUACAAUCCCAAAUUUAUUACCAAAAUUUUAUAGCCAUGAUAUUCGUUUGAAGAAACAUCUAGGACAGGAGUUUCAAGAUUUCAUGAGAAUCAAUUCCAUUCUGAUCGGUUGAGAAAAAAAUACUUUCCAAACAAUUUUAUUCCAUAAAUUGGAUUAGUUUAAAAAAAAUUAUGUCAACUGAUUCCUUAUGUAUUGGUCGAGUAUUAAUUAUUGGUUAGUUUAGUUAUCGAAGACUUAUUAACUGGUACAUGGGUGAUUUGAUCUCAUUCAUAACAUUACAAAUAGAUUUUACAUUUGACUAUACUUAACAACUUUCAGUUGUGAAAUAAAUUUGCAAUUUAUUAAUGGUGACUUCGAAGAAAACCAAAGUGAGGAAAUAUUUUUUCAUAAGUCACCCUCUCAUGAAAGUUGUUAAAAGAUAGUUUAAUAAUAUUAAUAAGCCGAUAGUACAACGGUUGCAAUAUGUAGUUAAUAGUUUUAAGAUCUGGUGAAAAUAAAUAAUAAGAAACA